UCUCGGUACAGCAUCAGCUGCAUCUCUGAGAGUAGUAGGGUCGCCGCCCCUGAGGUAAAUCCACUCCUUUCCCUUCCCGCGCCAUUGUCUUAUCACCGAUCCGGUUCCCCUCAGGGUGCUCGCCGCCCCAGAUCCUCCUUUGCACUGGCGGAAGCCCGGCCUUGCAGAGAGGGAGCGCGGGAGUUCGGUUAAGCCUUGGCGAAGGACGGACGGGGGCAAGGCCAGAAAACCAUGCAGUCACCAGGGCACAGAUUUCGUGAUGUUGAGCACCACCUGCUUCUUGCUGAAAAUGACAGCAACGAUUCCUCUUCCUCAGAGGCUGACAUGGCAGAGAGGGUUUGGUUCAUCCGAGAUGGCUGUGGUAUGGUCUGUGCUAUAAUGACAUGGCUUCUGGUUGUCUAUGCAGACCUUGUAGUGACUUUUGUCAUGCUGCUGCCUUCCAAAGACUUUUGGUACUCAGUGAUCAAUGGUAUUCUCUUUAACUGUUUGGCAGUACUAGCUUUGUCAUCACAUCUGAGAACUAUGCUGACUGAUCCAGGGGCUGUACCCAAAGGAAAUGCCACUAAAGAAUACAUGGAUAAUUUGCAACUGAAACCAGGAGAGGUGAUCUACAAAUGUCCAAAGUGCCGUAGUAUCAAACCUGAACGUGCACACCAUUGCAGUAUUUGCAAACGAUGUAUUCGAAAGAUGGAUCACCACUGCCCAUGGGUGAAUAAUUGUGUGGGGGAGAAAAAUCAGAGAUUUUUUGUUCUGUUUACGAUGUAUAUAGCCCUAAUUUCAGCUCAUGCGCUCAUACUGUGUGGGUUUCAGUUUUUCUCCUGUGUCCAAGGGCAGUGGACUGAAUGCAGUGACUUCUCCCCACCUGUAACUGUGAUCCUGAUGAUCAUCUUGUUCCUUGAGGGUUUUCUGUUUCUCACUUUCACUGCAGUCAUGUUUGGCACCCAAAUCCAGUCAAUAUGCAAUGAUGAAACGGAGAUUGAAAGACUGAAGAGUGAAAAGCCAACGUGGGAGCGGAGACUACGUUGGGAAGGAAUGAAAUCUGUUUUUGGGGGUCAGCCUUCACUCCUGUGGAUCAACCCUUUUGCAGGAUUUCAAAUCAGGCGACUUCUACAGAGAGCAAAGAAAGGAGGACCCGAGUUUUCUGUUUGAGUCUAAUUAUGCUGGAACUUACAAGAAUACUAUAUAAUAUUUAUUUGGGGGGCAGAGAAGGCUGUCUACAUAUAAUCUGUGACCAGGUGAAACUGAUAUCAGACAUUUGCUUGUAGCAAGCAGUUUUAUACAUUUAUAAUCACAGACAUCUCAUUAACUUUCAGAGAUGUGAACUGGAUCUGUAACAAUCUUAACAGCAAGAUAACAAAGGAAUGCACAUGGUCACACUAAAGAAGACAAAUGUUGUCAUGCUACUGUAAUUUAUUUUGAGAUUAAUUAUCCAUUUUUGUUAAACCCUUUUGAUUUGAUAAAUGUUUGGAGAAUUACCUGUGUAUUUUUAUAAAAAGUAUACACUUGGGUGCAGUUGUCAAUCAUAAGGAGGAGUAUUAUGGUGAAAGUUGUUCUUCAAUGUUUCAGGUUCGUAGGAUUCCCUUGUACAAAGACUGGACACCAAACACAAUAUAAAUAAUUAAAUGCUCUAGUCUAUUUAUUGAUAUAUUAAUGUGAAACAAUUAUAUAUAUUAAUGCGAAGCAGGGUGCAUGCAUACUGACCCCUGGUUGAAUGGGAUACCACCGAGCAGCAGGAGACUGAACAUGUUGCCCGGUUGGAGGGGUGGAAGGCAGUGCAUUGUCAAGGCAUCCCCCCAGUAAAGAUGCAUAUCUGGCCUUCUCACCCGUCCAUCCCUGCACAGGUCCUCAUAUCCCUCCUUGGCUGGAGUGGAAAAUUACCAGUUGCAACAUCAGCGCACACGUGGCCAGCGUGUGAACAGAUGUUUACUGGUAUGACUUCUUUUUGCUAACAGCAAUGGUAUCUCCCCUAUAUUCAAGGUUAUGCUCUCACAACCCAUGCCAAACAGUACUUUUCUAUUUUUGUGUGUUUCACCAUGGACUAUUAUCUAUUGUCACUGACACAAUGAGACCUAGUUUUCAGGGAAUAGUGGUUUGUUCAGUUUUAAUUUAUAUUUCAGCUUGUCCUAAUAAACAGAGCUGUAUUCUUGUGUCCCACUUUAAGCACACAUUCCUCAUAUGCAAGUAAUUCUAAAGACUGGUGCACACAACAGCAUAACACAUCAGAGGCACUGUUACACGCCUGCCAAAUGUCUUCUCAGGCUCACAAAAGCAUGUCUUGUGUUUGACAGUAUUAAUCUCAUGGCAUUUGGGUAAUUUCUGAAUCUUCAGUAAACACUACUUUUGACGAACGGCUGUGGUCCAAAUUCUGCCCUCAGAUAUGCAUCUCCAGUUCUUAAUGCAUUGACUCUAGAGGAGCUUAAGUGUAGAUUUUUGGGGAUUGUGUCUAAUCCUCUGCAGGGAUGAGUGGGACCAAUGACUAUAUCCUCCUGUGUGAGAUUAAAAUGAAUGCACUACAGAUUGGAGUUAAUUAAUGGAAAACAGUCAUCUUUGUAAGUUCUUGCUCAGCCCCUUUUUUAUUGUACAGACUUCAUAGAAGGAAAGCUGUUAAGUUAAUGAUACCUUAAACACAGACAUCAGAGGAAUGAAGGAGGUUGCCUCUUUCUCAAGUACAGCAGAUCUUAAGUGUAGAAAGAUCUGCAGUAGAAGGAACUAUUGAGAAUUUAACUGUUUUCCAACUAAAACUACUUGGAAGAAAUGAGCUUUACGUGGGCCUGCCGAACAACAGCAAUGCGAAGAAAUGUUUAUAAAUUUUCAAGUAAUGAAA